GGGACAGCGCGGCAGCCGCCAGCGCGUCCCCGCGCCGCAGUCUCUCUACCAGCGCCGCGCGCUCCCCGCCCGCCGCAUACGCCUCAUAGUGCUCGUGCUCGGCUUCAUAGUGGCGCCGCACAUCGCGCUCGCGGGUGGCCACGAUGGGCCGGCGGCACACCAGACAUUCGGCCCCCUCUCCGUCAUCCCGCUCCACCACCAAGUAGCGCUGGGUCCACUCGGGCCGGAACACGUGCUGCUCCUCGGGCUCAGCGCGCCUCCUCUUCGGAGUAGCCCACAUCUUGGAGAAUGCCAUCGUUGGCAGAUGCCUGGAAGGUCGGUCGGAAGAGAGCGAGAGAGGGAGUUAGGAGAGAACAACCUUUCUCGUCCGAGUCCGCCGUCGAAUUGGGGAGAUCGCGCUGAUGCGGGUAAAAGACACUCCCGAGAAGACCCGCCGCCCGCCGCUGAUUGGCUGAGCUGGCGUGGUGAUUUUUUAUUUUAGAAAACGGGGACGGCCAAUCGGAUUGCGCCUGCGGGGCGCCCGCAAGGAGGCUCGGCCAAUGGGGAGAGCACCGAGGCGGUCCCUUGAUCUUCUUUGCAUUUGGGGGAGAUCACGAGACUGUUCCUGAUAGCGAUAGGCAUCUGAGUGGUCCAAUCACUGCGGCGUUUCCACAGCCGCAGAGGAAAGUCCCUUCAGACCUAGAGCGGAGGAUGAGGAAAAUCGGGGAAGGUGGAAUGUGACCAAAGCAGAGGAGGUGAUUGGCUGGGAGAACCGUUUAUUCUUACGGAUCUGCCUGGCACCCCAGACUAGGCGGAGGGGAUUGGCUGAAAGGGGCACUUAUUUGCAUGGGGCGUUGAGGAGGCGAACCGAAGCUAAAGUGAUUGGCUGCAAGAAAUUCGUUUGCAUAGAUCUGCCUGGUUUCCUAGAGGCUUCAGGGAUUGGUUGCAAGGGGCCUUUUUUCCUCUUGGAUCAGCCUAGCACCCGAUGCUGGAACGGCGGUGAUUGGCUGACAGGGGAGUUCGUUUGCAAGAGUCUGCCUAGCUCCCAAACACUGACUGCCACGAUUGGACGAGAGGGGCGUUGUUGAGCUGCUUGGCGCCAGCCAAGUUUUGGCCGCUGCCGUCAUGUCCCUGGUGGCGGGGGUCAUUAGGCGACUGGAUGAGAAGGUCGUGAACCGCAUCGCUGCGGGGGAGGUCAUCCAGCGCCCUGCCAACGCCAUCAAGGAGAUGAUCGAGAACUGCCUGGAUGCCAAAGCCACAAGUAUCCAGGUGACCGUUAAAGAGGGAGGCCUCAAACUAAUUCAGAUUCAAGACAAUGGUACUGGAAUUCGGAAAGAAGAUCUGGACAUCGUGUGUGAGCGGUUCACUACGAGCAAGCUGCAGUCAUUUGAAGAUCUGGCUUGCAUUUCUACCUAUGGCUUUCGGGGAGAGGCCUUGGCUAGCAUAAGCCAUGUGGCUCACGUGACUGUGACAACGAAGACGGUGGAUGCCAAGUGUGCAUACAGAGCGAGCUACUCGGAUGGAAAACUCAAAGCACCUCCUAAGCCGUGUGCAGGAAACCAGGGGACGCAGAUCACGGUUGAAGACCUUUUUUACAAUAUAGCCACAAGGAGAAAAGCUUUAAGAAACCCCAGUGAAGAAUAUGGGAAAAUCUUAGAGGUUGUUGGCAGGUAUUCCAUACACAAUUCAGGCAUCAGCUUCUCAGUUAAAAAACAAGGUGAGACGACGCCUGAUGUUCGGACCCUGCCGAAUGCCACCGUGGUGGACAAUAUCCGAUCCAUCUUUGGAAAUGCCGUUAGCAGAGAACUAAUCGAGGUGGGCUGUGAUGACCCAGUGCUUGCCUUCAAAAUGAAAGGCUACAUCUCCAAUGCCAACUAUUCUGUGAAGAAAUGCAUCCUAUUACUCUUCAUCAACCACCGACUAGUCGAAUCCACUGCGUUGAAGAAGGCCGUGGAGAGCGUGUACGCGGCCUAUCUGCCCAAGAACACACACCCAUUUCUUUACCUAAGCCUGGAAAUCGCCCCCCAGAAUGUGGAUGUCAACGUGCACCCCACCAAGCACGAGGUGCACUUCCUCCACGAGGACAGCAUCCUGGAGCGCGUGCAGCAGCACAUUGAGGGCCAGCUCCUAGGUGCCAACUCCUCACGCACCUACUUCACACAGACUCUGCUGCCGGGAGUUGCUGGCCCGGUGACCGAGGGGCUGAAAUCCACUCCUGGGGCCUCAGCAUCAACCCAGGGAGCGAGCGACAAGGUCUACGCCCAUCAGAUGGUCCGCACAGAUUCCCGCGAGCAGAAGCUCGAUGCUUUUCUGCAGCCUGUGAGCAGACCCUCAGCUGGGCACCCCCCUGCCCCGAGCCCCGAACGCCAGCCAGCGGCCACAGCCGACCAGCCUGAUGAGGAAAUGGAGGAGCUGCCAGAGAGCCCCCAGCCAGCCGCAGAAGUGACGGGGCCACCAGAAGAUCCAAAGAAAGGGGACAGGCGGCCCCCUGAAAUGGAUGGUCAAAGGAAGAGGCCAAGGGACGAUUCGGAUGUUGAAAUGCCACCAGAGGACAUGACGGCGGCCUGCUGCCCGAGGAGGCGGGUGGUCAAGCUCACCAGCGUGUUGACUCUGCAAGAAGAGAUCAGCGAGAAAGGCCAUGAAGCUCUGCAGGAGAUGCUGCGCAACCACUCCUUUGUUGGCUGUGUGACCCCACAGUGGGCCUUAGCCCAGUACCAGACCAAGCUGUACCUUCUGAACACCACUAAACUCAGUGAAGAACUCUUCUACCAGAUACUCAUCUAUGACUUUGCCAACUUUGGGAUGCUGAGAUUAUCAGAGCCAGCACCCCUAUACGACCUGGCCAUGCUUGCCUUGGACCAUCCGGAAAGCGGCUGGACGGAGGAAGAUGGCCCCAAAGAGGGACUCGCAGAAUACAUCGUCGAAUUUCUGAAGAAGAAGGCCGAGAUGCUCGCAGACUAUUUCUCCCUGGAAAUCGAUGAGGAAGGAAACCUGAUCGGAUUGCCUCUUCUGAUUGACAACUAUGUCCCCCCAUUAGAGGGGCUUCCCAUGUUCGUGCUUCGGUUGGCUACCGAGGUAAACUGGGAUGAAGAAAAGGAAUGUUUUCAAAGCCUCAGUAAAGAGUGCGCCAUGUUUUACUCCAUCAGGAAGCAGUAUGUAGUGGAGGAGUCCACUCUCCCUGGCCAAGAGAGCGAAGAGUGUGAAUCCUCUUCAGUCUCCUGGAAGUGGACGGUGGAGCACAUUCUCUACAAAGCCUUCCGGUCGCACCUCUUACCGCCUCAACAUUUCUCCGAGGAUGGGAGCAUCCUGCAGCUCGCCAAUCUGCCAGAUCUCUAUAAGGUGUUUGAGAGGUGCUGAAGGGUUUCACUUGGAGUGGGUUGGGGUUGUCUGUCCAGCCCUUGCAGUGACUGGCCAGCAACCUCAGAAUCAAAGUGGCGUUAAGUGCUUGUUACUUCAACAUGUUAACCUUCCCCACGUGCUGGAAAUAAAGUGUUGUUCACCA